UUCGGAACGGUGCGGAUUAAUCGAAUCAUUAGAGAACCCGGUCCCGAGUCUUUCCGUUGUUUACUACUUCGUGGGGACGACAAUUACCGACGCUGAUUCGUAUCACGUCUCCCCCGAGUUGGAUGGAAAUCGAUGCAGGAAGUAAGAAAAUGGGAAAAGAAUGGGCUGCUAGUGUUGUGUCUAUAUGUACGGCACGCCAACGUGUGUGUAUACACACAGGACGCAUUCUCUGAAUAAAAGAUUUUGUCCGCGGUGUUGCCGUCAACCGUUGACGUUGCAACAAUUCCCCCCCACCCUGUCCAACCCACAGAACGUUUUCGACCGCAGCAGCACACACGAACGUGAUGUACUUGGGCUUUUGUUUGUGUCUUGUUUUUCGUUAUCCCGCCCGCGUCCACCGCGGCCAGCUCGAGAAGGAUAUCAUUCACCCCUCUGAUUCGAUAGUGGACGGACUGUAGCUAUAGCAACAAUCCGAGUGACUGCGAAUAUUCAAUUGGAAAAUGGCUUCUCCUUUAAGUCGAAGAGGGAUAAUUACUGCCCUAAUGGUCUUCAGUCUCUGCAUCACAUACGCAGAAAAUCAAUCGAUUGGAUUCAAUAGCGGAGUAGCUGGAGGAACUGCAGGUGGAUCGAGAGCCAAUUGGGAUCAACAACAACAACAAGGACAGUUUCGACCAUUCGGCAGUGACAAACCGUGUUCCGUCUUAGUCAACGAAACAAUGAAUCAGAAUGACGCCCAGGUGAUUGUUGAGCGGAUCCUGAUUACAGCUGAUACAAUGGGCAACAGCUUCUCGUCCUCUUCGUUUACGGGCGGGUCCAACCAGCAACUAGACACAUGGGCUGCACAGGCUUGCGGACAAAUGCAAAACAUUGUUGGUUAUUUGAAAUCGGCCUGUCAGUUCAGCCUUAGUGCUAGUUCCAUAUCCAGCACUGGCAGCACCAGCUCGACGGAACUGGCGGCCCAGAAAAAACUAGGUGCCAUGAAUGCGGCCAAGGAUUACCUCUGUUCCAACAACCAAGUUAACCUUAAAGAAAUGGCCAUGAAUAAUGGAGCGCAGUGUGCCCGCAAAACUGAUUUGAAUGAGUUUGGCUGCAACAUCCAACAAGGAGCUCAGCCUACCUUUGUGCAAAUGUUGCCGUCGCCAAAUCGCCAAACAUUGAAAUAUGGAACGUCCAUUAUUCUCAGCAUGAACAGCUACAAUGGUGACGAUUGCAAGUACAUUGCAGAUGUAACCAAUUGCAUUUUGGACAAGUACACUCGUGGAACUGAUUUUUGCAGUUCGAGGGCGUCGACCCACUUUGGCCGAAUCUUUGAUGUGAUGCUUCAAGGCGUUCAGUGCAAGACGGGCGGCUACUCUACAUUCAACACGUUUGACAGCUCCAAUAGCUUCAACAACAACCCAGCCUUCAAUCGUUUCCCGAGUGGCAGUAGCGGCAGCAGCAGUAAUGGCGGCGUCAACUUCCCUAAUAAUAAUCAGAAUAAUUUUGGUUCCAAUAGUGGCAGUUUUCCUCAAAACUUUCCUCAGGGAUCAGCGAGCAAUUUUGGUGGGCAAGGCACUAAUAGCUUUGGCUCGAAUUCUGGAAGUAACUGGCCGCAGAACCAAAACGAUUUCGGAAUGAACUCUGGUAAUAAUUGGCCGCAACAAAAUCCGAAUUCUUUCGGAGUCAAUUCCGGAAGUAACUGGCCACAACAGAAUCCUAGCGGUAUGGGACAAAAUUCAGGGAGUUUCGGACAGAGUUCCAAUAAUUUCGGACAAAGUUCGGGAUUCGGUUCAAGCGGAACUAUCCCACCGUACAAUCGAAGGCCUUACAACAACAGCGGAAGUGCCAUUCAGACUACCAUGGCUAUGGUUGUCACCACGAUUUUUACCGCAUGUUUGGUCUUUUAAAAAUCAUCCCUACGUGUUAAAUUAACCAUCACACUUGACGAUCCCCAUAUCCAACGAUGAAAGAAUUUACCGUCCAUCAUCCCUUUUACAAAAAACAAAGUAGCAUUAUU